UCCCAGAUCAUCACCAUGAAGCUGAUACUUCUGUACCUGGCCGUGGUGCUCUGCACCGUUUGCAAAGCUACAAGUGUCAGAGGUAGAGCUCGCCUCGGUACCUCCUCACACUUUGGAUUGGGAGUUUUGGUAGCUGGUAAAAAGACUCUGAGUGCCAAGAAUUCUGGUGGGAACAAAGACGACAGUGUGUCUGCUGGAGGUAAAGAGAACUCAAACGAUGCACUUAGGUUUGGUUUUGAUGGAGCUGCGAGUGUAAACACUAAUUUAGAUGCUUCUGCUGCACCCCGUGUUGGAAGAAGUGGAUCUUCCACAACUCCGCAGAAAGAGCGUUCUCUUGUUGCCAUCGUUAAAUCUUUGUUGAACUUACCAGGAGCCGCAAGUGGAAGCAGUAAGCUGAGUGUGCAUUCAACAAAUGAUUCCUCCGCCGAGCCAGGAGAUGAUCCUACAGCCCAGGGGCCACAAGCAACUGCAUCUAGUACACCAAAGCAGAAUGUAGAUAGUAACUUGUCGUCUACAGGCUCUGCAACCUCCAAUGACGGAGCUCCCACACCUAGGGAACAGUCAAGUCCUGAUCCCUUAUUGGAAGAAUCACAAAACCUAGGGAACGAGUCCCCGACUGAAACCAGUGGCUCAGCUGACAGGCCUAAUGCACAUUCAGGUAAUUCAUUUUCAGGAGAAUUGGAGCGAAUAUUUGACAGCAACCCGACUAAAGCCAGUGGCUCAGGUAACGAUAACUCAAACGAUGCACUUAGGCUUGGUUUUGAUGGCGCUGCGAGUGUAAACACUAAUUCAGAUGCUUCUGCUGCACCCCGUGUUGGAAAAAGUGAAUCUUCCACAACUGCGCAGAAAGAAGAGCAUUCUCUUUUUGCUCUCAUUAAAGAUAUUUUGAGAUUGCAAGGUAGUGGCAAAGGCGGUAGCAGUACAAAAACUGGAAGCAGCAGAGGUCGUGGCAGAGGGUCAGGCAAUGGUCUCAUGCUGCAGGAUCAACCAGCACCUGCUUCUGGUAGAAAUGACAAGACUGUAGACACUAGUGGUCUGUCUGCAGAGUCUGCAAUCUCCAAUGAAGAAAAUCUGAGUGGUUCAGGUGACUCCAAUAAAGUAAGUGGGCCAAGUUCCUCAGCUGUAGUCUCCACAGAUUCAGGAGAUGAUGGGAAUCUGGAGGAUAAACAAGUACCUAGGUUUAAUGGACAUGAGGGGGAUGGAGAGAAUAACAGUGACUUUUUUGGUGCUGGAAGCUUGGAUACUGGAAAUACGAGUGACUCAGGGAGCCAUCAUUUGUCUUCUGAGUCUGAAAGUAGUGUAAGAAGUAAUGUUUCUAUCGGUGCUGGACCUUCUGACCAAAAUGAACCUGCUGACCUUGGUGGUAGUGGCAGAGUUACCUGUGCUGGCAAGACCCUAUCUGGAGCUUCUUCUGUGGCUUAG